CAGGCAGUGAUAAUAGACUGACAUCACAGCAGUUUCGUGCAGUAAUCAAGUUUCAAAGCGAUUUUGUGUACAUUGGAUUAUUAAAUGUCUUGCUGGAAAGGCUGGAUAAAGGAAAAGUCAUAAAGCAUGGAUGCCAUGGAAUAUGCACAGUUUAUGAAACAAGAUGGGAAUCAGGAUUUUAAAAAUGGAAAUUACACCUUGGCCAUCAGGAAGUAUGAUCAAGCUCUGUAUAUGCUCGUUCAGUUAAGGCAAUGGGGCCUGUGUUCUGGGGACAUAGCUGUAUUAUACUGCAACAGAUCAACUUGCUUGUACAAUCUUGGUAAAUGGAGAGAAGCAAUGCAUUCAGCCUUUGAGAGCUUACGCUGGGAUCCAGAGUAUGUUAAGGCUUAUUAUAGAGCUGGCCACUCGCUGAUCAUGUUAUCAAACGCUUGUAAUGCGAUUUCUAUGUUUCAUAGAGGUUUGACUCUUCUGAAUGCUUCUGUAGACCAAGCUCAAGUUGCUGAUUUUAUAGCAGGAAUCUUCACGAGUGUCAAUGAUGAACGAGUCUUGCCACAAACUUUCUACCCUGCAUGUGAUUAUAUUUUCAGUGCAAGGUUUGAUGCACUGAUUUGGCAAUCUGUGAUGGAAAAGUUGGCUCAGAAAGGGAAGUGGCAGUCUUUUCUGUUGCUGUUGUCCAAGAAGAAAGACUUGCCCACCAAUCUCAGAGUCAACCAGUUACCACUGAAAAAUCUCUUUGAGACUUUUGAGUUGUAUGGAUGUGAUGAGAUGAUGCAAAAUGUAGCAGAAUUAGUCAAAUGGCUGAUUUCCAUUGGGGCAAAAGUUGAAUCCAUUGGAGUUCAUCCCCUUCAUGCUGUUAUCAGACUGUGUAUCAAAGCAAGUAAGUGACAUCCUCUGUUAAAAUGAACCAAAUGUUGUCGUCUUCAGAGAAAAAAGCUGUCAUGGUUUUAUGAUUUUUGGUUAUCAGUAUUCCACAUC